UUCUAAAAUGAACCUCGGUCAAAGUCCAUGUGAUCAACGAUUCCAAAUAUAGCAACACGUCCAAGAGAUGAUUCUAAGAGAAGAAAUGACAUUUUAAGCGUAAAGAAGAAUAUUUGAACAAAAUGAUAUUUACAGUAGUGUUACCGAACAGUGUUGUGAUUGAAAUCGAUGUGGAUAUUCGAGCGAAUGGACAAGAAUGCUUAGAUCAGGUUUGCCUGCAUCUUGGAAUUCUUGAAUAUGACUAUUUUGGCUUACAAUUUAGUGGCAAUAAAGGAGAAAAAAUAUGGCUGAACAUGAGGAACAGAAUUAAUCAACAAGUGUCUGAAAUGAGGGCUCACAGAUUUCAUCUCCGUGUCAAGUUCUACAUACAACCCCAUCUUCUGUUACAGGAAUCUAGCAGGCAUCUGUUCUACAUACAAGUUAAACAAGAAAUCCUGUUUAAGACCCUCCAUGUUCAAGACGAGACGAAGCUUGUUACGAUACUUGCUUUGAUAGCUCAGGAAGAGUUUGGUGAUCAUGUAUCUAAUCGUUUACAUCUGCCUGGCUAUGAGACUUUCUUAGAGAGGAUCUGUCCUCAAAGUGAUCCAGACUUUCUGAAGAGUGUAGCCAGUUGCCAUUCAGAACUACGUGGUGUGUCUUCCCAAAAUGCAGAGUACAGAAUGCUGCAGGAAGCUUCAACACUAGAGGAUUAUGGGAUGGAAAAGCAUGAAGUAAAGAUGGACAGAAAAUUGAUGUCAGUUGGUGUAGGUCCCGAAGGAGUGUUUAUAUAUGACAACCAUAUGGAACUAGUAGAUCGAAUUGAGUACCCAAUGAUCCAGAGGAUUGUCCAUGAUGCCUGUUCUUGUUUCAUGUCUGUGUAUACUGAAGAGAUGGAAACACGUCGGAUUGAGGUCCGUCUCAGAACUUUACGAGCUGCCUCUUGUUUGUACCGUUGUAUAACGGAGAUGCACUCUUUCUUUCGAUGUGAUACAGUUAACAGUGAAGUGUCAUCCCAAACCUAUCGUGAUCUCAAAGGACUACUUGCAUCUUUGUUUAAUGAGAACACCACAACUGGUCAAAACUAUGUUUUUGAUGUUCAAAGAACUUGGCGAGAAGCAUAUGAUAGCACUAGACGAAAACUAAUGAAAGAAGCAGCAAAUCAAAGCUUACCUCCCCCUGAUAAGGAAGAAAUGGAGGAUAGUAGUGAAACACACAUUCUUCCCAAAAACCACGAAUGUCAGGACGUUCAGGUGUUGAAAGCCAAGUUAGAAAAAAUCCACGAAUCGUUUCUGUGUAGUGUGUGUAUGGACUGUGAUAUAUCAACAGCUUUUUGUCCGUGUGGUCACAUGACUUGUUGUCAGAACUGUGCGUCCCGGUUAGACGAGUGCCCAUUGUGUCGGACAAAUAUUCAAAAUGUUCAGCCUAUUUUUUUGCCCACAACGUUAAUACAGAAAAGUUGAUGAAAGCUAAAGGUUGUGUUUUGUUCCGGGAACUGUGCAGAUAUAGAAAUGGCAAUAGAAAUGGCAAUAUUAUAUGUUAAAACAACACCAUUAGUUAAAGUUGACACGUGUGUGUGGUACAGUUGAUCUGUUUACUGGUGCAUCAUUCAUGUAUAUAGUUCAACCAUCAUUUAACAUAUGUAUAUACAUCAUUAAUUGUUAAAUGUUCCAGGUUUUAUCAUCACCAGAAAGAUGUAAAUAUUUUUAUAGAAAGGGCAACAAGCAAUGCAAUAAUUGAUAUCAUUUUAUUUCAUGUUGUUUCAUUGUUGAUAUUAAGUAUCAUACAUGUACAGUACUCAUUGUUUAGUAUGGUUCUAUGAAUACAUACAUAGUAUCAUUAUACAUAACGUUCAUGUUGAUAAGGUUGGAUGGUUUACAAUUAAUUGAAGAGAUUUGUGAAAAGAGGACCAAAAUUAUAGAAGAUAAAUAAAUAGGCUUUCGGUUGUAUGCUAUUGAUCAAACAUUCAAAUUAGAAAUAUUAUAAAUGAAAUUCUUCUCUCAUGUCUUUUGUUGCAUUCAUCUAAAAGAGAAAGUGAUUGAUUUAUAUAAGGUCAAUGAUUGUACUCAAUUACUUUUGUUAUGAAACUUGAACCUGGCAAUGACAGAUAUCAAAUACAAAUUUUCUUUUAAUCUUGGUUUUAAUUUCGAUUGUCUAAAUAGUAAAUUAUCAUGAAAAUGAUUUGAUUUUAAAUAUAAUUUUAAAAUCAGAAAUUGAAGAAAAAAAAUAAGGCAAAUUCAAAUAAAGGUGUAAGGAAGUAUGCAGGAAAUUACGUACUAUGACUUAUAGUCUGCACUUUAAUGUUCAUUCAUUUAAGUUCGACGGAAGUUUGUCAUAUAACCACAAGUGUGGGCAGAGAUUUGUUUUUUUCGAAAUAAAAAUAUGUAUUGUGAUAUUUUCAACCAUCAAAAUUUUGAGAUUAAAAGAUUGGAUAUGAGUCAAAUCAAAUUUAAUUUUAUAUUCAUACCUUGCCUUGUUUUCUGACCAUUGGUCAAUAGACAAGCAUUUAUUUUGGACAUUAUAUAAAUUGAAAGUAAAAAUGUCUUAUAAAAGUAUUGUAUUUAUUUUUAGCACAGGUCCUUUUAUGUUCAUUAGUUUAAACUUGUUAGUUAUAAUUAUGUUUUUUGUACAUCAGCUUGUCAUCAAAUUUUAUUUAUUUUCAUGAUCUGUACAUAUUAACUUUAUUUAUUUUAAUUUUUGUCUUGCCAAUUAUAGAUAAUGAUGAAUUAUCUCCCUUGUUAGCCCCAGGUUAUCUCCCAUAGUUGAUGUACAUUCCAGAUAUUUUAAAGAAAAAAUUGGAUAAAGUAUUUUUGUUUUGUUUCAUAUUUAAAAUUCACCCAGUUGAAUGUUUUUUAUCUGGAUUAAACUUUAACCAAACCUCCUGUUUGUAUGCUCUACUUUUAAUUGAUGGAUUGUAAAGAAAAGGUAAAUAAAAUCUUAGCAAUCUCAAACCCUACUAUGUGAAAUAAGGGGAAAUAUAAAGAAUUUUGGUUGGCAAAAUACUAAAUUGACUUUUGAUCAUUAAAUCUGAAUAACUUAGACCAGUAAUGAAGAUAUGGUAAUCAUACAUACAGUGUUUACAUAUCAUUUUCAAUUUGUAUCAUAACAAUUUGUAAAUUUAAGAUGUAGUAUAUCCUUGUUUGCAAUAUUCCAAGUGAUUCAAAUUUAAAUUUUAGAACUGCCAUUCCAAUUAGAAUACCUCACUUCAUAUUUUAUUUUGUUCAUAAGGCUUUGUAUCUAGUAUUUUUGACUAAGGUUCAAAGUCCACACUAAUCAGGGAUGAUUCUGCUUAUCUGUACAUGUGUUGGCUAUCUUGUCAAACCACGUGCAGAAAUUGUCAGUUUUAGCAAUCUAAAGAUUUUAAUUUAAAUCUGGUUAAUAAAGAGAUUUACUUUCACAUCAAUAGACUUGAUCUACCAUAUUUUAAAUUUAUAUACAGUAAAAAGAAAUCUACCAAAAACUAAUUAAUGAAAGAUGUCAGUGCUGAUAUUUUCAUUAAGAUUGUUGAUAUUCAAAUGGUUAAUUUCUACUAUUUGUUGCCCAAUUGACUAGAUGGCUUAGGUCCCAUUUGAAAGAAAACAAAUAUCCUUUAAAUGAUUCUUUAUAAAAUUUGAGCGUGUUUAACUUACAACAUAGUGAGACAUUAUCAGUUAAAAAUGUUUUUCAGACACAAGAUCUUAAAAGUACUGAAAGCAUAUUUUUGUAAUUAGAUUUUAUUUCUUUUCAUUUUAGUUUCAUUUUAAUACAUUUAAGUUGUAUUUGUUGGGAAAGCAAUAAUUGAUGUCCUCACCUCCAUAGAUAGAUAUUAUACAUUUUAUUUUUAAGCUAGCAAUAUGAUUAUUUCACUUACCAUGCCUACAUUCAGUUUCAAAUACCUUGAAAAUGUUAUCACAAUAAAUGUCACUUACAUGCAAAUUAGUAACCAAAAUUGUUUAGUUCUCAAUCUCUACACUACAUCUCAAGUGGUCAUUUCUACUUGUCCAUGGUCGGAGUGGACAUAAAAUGGACAGAGCUUUUAGAUGACCCCCUGUGCAAAACUUAUGACAUUUCUUUUCUGUCAGUACCCCAAGGGGAAAUGAUUAAUGUAUUUUGUAUUCAAUAAUUUUCCAAAUCUGAGGUUAAAUACUGGUAGAGUAGGCAUGCUACUUGAUGGCUAGGUGGAAAUGUUCUCUUGAGGUGUAGUGUAAGUCGGUCAGUUUAGUUCAGCAGAAUAGCUAUAAGAACACUUUUGACAUUUGCUGUUCUCACAGAAAAUACAGAAAAUAGAAAACAUAUGUUAACAAUGAUACUGUUAAUUCAGAAUAAUGGGAGGUACUAAUAUGUGUGUAUGCCAUGAUUAUAGAGGAGCAAUAGAUUUUAAAGUCUAGCAAAGUAUGAUAUACCUAUAGGCUUGUAUGCAAAAUUGGACAAAGUUAUAAAAUCAAAUUUCCACAAAAAUACAAUUUUACCUGAAUCUUUAAAAUUUGGUACCCACUAAAAUAUAUUUACAUGAAAUAUUUGGUAAAUGAAAGGUUAAUAGUAUUUGUCAAUUUUUUCCCCCAAGUUGUAACUUAUACAUUGAACACACUAUAUAUAUUGCAACGAUAGUUUGACUGAAUUUGAUUGUAUCUUGUACCUGCUCGCCACUAGAUAUAAUUUUCAGGAAAUGAUCUGAAUUAUUUAGAAAAAGUAUUUACUGGCAUGAUCUGUAUUCACGAUACUUGUUGAAAUUCAAAUUCUUGAAUCCUGUGACUCCAACCGGUGAUAUUUCUUGAAACUUCAAUGAAUUGUUAAACUGUGAUUCUGAUAAAAGUUGUGGCCUAUAAGUGAAGUUUAAUUGCAUAUGAAUAUGCAGCUAGUAUGAAUUAAAGAUGUGUCUUGAAUAAACAGUGAUAAGAAUUAUUAUUUUUGUUUAAGAUUUAUAGAUAAGAAAGUCUGUAAAUGUUUUAGAGAAAAAUAAAGGCUAUUUUCUGUA